AGAGAGAGAGAGGCCGUUGGGUACAGCGAGGGUACCACAGGACACUGCUUUCUGCGCUGCUGCUGCUGGACCUCAACAACGAGCAACAGAGGAGGACAAACCCAGACUGCCACGGAUAUCUGCUCGACCUACCUCACCGUCCACGCAAAUUUGACUACCUUUGGAUAUUCUGCUACUUGGUCAUAAAGCGGCAAGUUAAGUGACAGCGCGUAUGUAGCAUCUAUGUGUCGAGGGUGUUUUUAUGUCGCCAACGUUUGGAUUCUGUGAACCGGAGCGAGCGGACGGAGCAGCGCGUUUCCACCGACUGGACCUUUUACUUUUCGGCGAGGGCUACGUUCAUUUACAGCUCACAAGCAGUUGUGCUUGUGAGUAGUCUGUCCACUUGGAGACUGUUCGCCUGGCUGGCCAUUAGCUUUCGAUAUCGAUAAGUGGCUGACGGUCAGCUACUGUGGUUUACAUAAUACAAUUUCAGCUACUAUGGGAACAAACUGCUAGCGCUAGCGACGUGAGGACCUAAACCCGUUGACACAGGCUGUAGACGUCGGGGUCAUUAGCAAAUAUUGAACAUAAUAGGCUCCACACCACAUGUGUGUUUAGCCUAUUUACAUAUUACAGUUCUUCUUCUUUUAAUGAUCUGGUGCUAAAGUGAGGAGGGCUGCGAGUAACUCCACCAGCACAGCAGUUGAGUUGACAAGCACUUGUAGCAUUUGGACUUUAACAAAGACAACAGCGUUUUUUGUUUUCUAAACGUGUUCCGGUCGGGAAAAAACGACAUGACGCAGGUUUGAGUUUGACAGUAAACUGCUGAAAGGUCACCGGGACCGGCCAUCUCUUUUUCUCUUCUCCCCCUCCUCCCAUCAGUCUGCUAUGAAGAUGUGAACUCUUCCCUCCUCUCUCCCUCCCUCCCUUCCUCUUUCUCUCUUCGCCGUCCAGGACGCUUUGAUCUUUUUUUCUCUCUGUUUGGUACGAAGAGAUCAAAGGCGCCGCCCGCCUCUCGGGGAUGUACGAAAGCGGGGAUGUUGUGGGUUUUAGCCCCAGCCCCAGCAGCCCCAGUACGGGCUCUUUUCUGAGCAUGGACUACUACCACAGACCCCCGGGGCUUGGACCGGAGAAGGGACUCCUGUCCGGUGUAGGAGGACUCCAGCGUCCGUUCGGAGGGUCCCUGGUCACCGGCAGACACUGGAGCGGAUCCAGCCACUCUAUAGAGACUGAGAGCACGAGUUCAGGGGAGGACCUGCUUAUCCCCAGCCCCCCCUCACCUCCGCCUCCGCCGCGCAUCUACAAGCCCUGCUUUGUAUGUCAGGACAAAUCUUCAGGAUACCACUAUGGAGUCAGUGCCUGUGAGGGCUGCAAGGGUUUCUUUCGGAGGAGCAUCCAGAAGAACAUGGCCUACACGUGUCACCGAGACAAAGUCUGUGUCAUAAACAAGGUGACGAGGAACCGGUGUCAGUCCUGUCGACUGCAGAAAUGCCUCGACGUUGGCAUGUCCAAAGAGUUGGUGCGAAAUGACAGAAUGAAGAAGAAGAAGGAGGAGAAGAGGCAGGGAGAGACAGAGAUCUACGUCCUGUCAGCCGACACAGAGCAGAUGAUUGAACGAGUCCGCCGGGCCCAUAUGGACACUUUUCCCUCCCUCUGCCAGCUGGGAAAAUACACCACGAGCAAUAGCUCGGAGCACCGUGUCCCUCUGGAUGUCAGUCUUUGGGACAAAUUUAGCGAAUUGUCCACCAAAUGCAUCAUUAAGACAGUGGAGUUCGCCAAGCAUCUCCCUGGUUUCACAACGUUAACCAUUGCUGAUCAGAUCACCCUGCUCAAAUCUGCCUGCCUCGACAUACUGAUUCUAAGGAUCUGCACCCGCUACACCCCAGACCAGGACACCAUGACCUUCUCCGACGGUUUGACUCUGAACCGCACCCAGAUGCACAACGCCGGGUUUGGACCCCUCACAGACCUGGUAUUCUCCUUUGCCAACCAGCUGCUUCCACUGGAGAUGGACGAUGCAGAGACGGGAUUACUCAGCGCCAUCUGCCUCCUCUGUGGCGAUCGUCAGUCGGAAGGUCAGAGAGGUGGAUGUCUUCAGGAGCCAGUGCUUGAAGCCUUGAAGAUCUAUGUGAGGAGGAGGAGGCCUGACAAACCCUGUAUGUUCCCCAAGAUCCUGAUGAAGAUUACUGACCUCAGGAGCAUCAGUGUGAAGGGAGCAGAGCGAGUGAUCACCCUGAAAAUGGAGAUACCCGGCUCCAUGCCUCCCCUGAUCCAGGAAAUGCUGGAGAACUCUGAGGGACUGGAAGGGCACGGAGCCGGGGGAGGGAAAGGGAGAGGAGAAGGCAGAGGAGAGGAUGAAACAGAGGUCGGAAGCCAUGGUCCAAGUCCGUCCCCCAAAUCAGUUCGCUCUCGCAGCCUGAGCCCCGUGCCCCACUCCCCCUCUCCUUCUUCUCCCUCUUCUUCCUCCCCCGCCACCUGAAGUCCUACAACCUGCACUUAUGCUCCACACAGCACCCCCUCCCCCCCACACCGCACAGCGUGGUACUGCCAGAACACCAUCUAAGAACUGCACCUCAUAACAGAUGAUCAGGAAAAGAAAAGGUCAUGAACCCUCUGGGUUACCGGGGACGUGUCCCAUAAACCCUCUGGGUUACCAGGGACAUGUCCCAUGAACCCUCUGGGUUACCGGGGACGUAUCCCAUGAACCCCCUGGGUUACCGGGGACGUGGUUGGUCCAGGACAUUAAUGAAAGUGUCUGGGUGGUGUGAGGGUGAAUGGAAGCAGGUGACCUGCGCUGUGAGGACCAGAUCAUGAUCAUGGAUCCUGGUUUUACAUUAAAGGUUCAUUAUAUGCAGACUGUGGGAACCUAAAUGAAGAAGUUUGGAGACUCUGAACUUCGGACAGACUGAUGAAGAGGAUUCCUCUUAAAUCACACCUUCUCCCUGAUGAAAGUCAUGUAUAGUACGCAGAAUCAGUACGUGUAAUAUAUUGUACAUAAAAAAGGCUGUGAAAGAAGUAAUGAUGGUGUAAGGCGGACUUAUACAAUAAGAUAUUUUCCUAAAUGUACAUGUGGGUUUAUAUACUGGGUAUUUACCCACCCCACCCCCCCCCACAGACACAUCAGGGGAAAUAAUAAUCCUUGACUUGAUUUUCUACCACUGGACUCCAACAUGUCUACUUUCUUCCACUUUGGGCAAAUGCAUAAAUGGAUUUCUCUGUGUCGCUUUGCAUCCCCGUCGUAGAAAUGGAUUUCGUUUGUAAAUGACUCGGAAUCAGAGCUUUUCAUUUGAAAGUAAUUACAAUGUCUGCGCGAUGGUAGACACACUGUGAUACUAGAGGUAGGGCUGCUGGAUUAUGGAGAAAAAAAUCAUAAUCACAAUUUAUUUUGAACAAAAUUGAAAUCUGGAUUAUUUAACAUAAUAAGAUGUUGACUUUGGAAAGAUGUUGCAUUUAUUGAGGUUGACAAAUCAAAAGUGAAAACACCUCGAACACUGACACUUCCCUUUAUACUUUUCCUGUUUUGCACGUUACAUUUUGCAGAAAUGUAACGUUUUUUGUGUCAGUUUUUGUGAUCGUUAGUUGUGAACUGUAAUCACGAGUAAAAGUAUCAUUAAUUGCCCAGCCCUAACCAGGAGUACAAACACCGCCUCACAAGAGGUUUCCCAACGUUUCAUCUACAGGAUAUCUCCGGUGCCCCCGGAGGUCCCACUUUACUGACCACAGCUCUGUGGAGGAAGGUCUGGCAAUGCGCUGGGGAACUACAGCUGUCCAGCUCUGCAGGAUUAUUGUUUCAUUAGGUGAUAUGGAAAUAUCAUCAUCAGGGAUGGCAGGUGCUGCCCCAAAAUGUAUACAAGCUGGAUUUGGUUUUUAUAGUGUGCACCACUAACUACAACAUCCCCUACUUUAUCAGGUACAAUGUCCAUUUUCACUGUUGUCCUCUUUAACUCACUGGUAAAUAUGAAAAUACAGAGAGUUAAUAAAAAUGUAUGAUUUCCUUCUA